UUAACUUUUUGAUAGUUCAGCUACGAAAUCUUUAGAAAUUUUGUUGCGUGGUUAGUAAACUUACCUUACUGAUAUAUAGGUACUUUAUUUUGGCAACACUUACCUGAAAUGUCAAAUGCUGUAAUUGUAUAUGUAUUAUAUCGUAACCAAAACAAAUUAAUAGAACUAAAAAUUAAAUCUUAAUUGCAGCAAAAUAAAAUUAGAAUUACAGUAUUUUCUCUGAGAAUCUGUGUUGUUAUGUUUGUAACUUAAUGAUAACAUCGUACGAUGAGUCGAGUAAACCAGGCUCAAAUGAAGAAAUUACUCGAUCUUCUGAGCGAAGAUGGGGUUUUAGUGAACGGGAAGGUUUCGUACUCUAGCACCAAUAAGCAGAGUUUCUGGAAACAGAUUGCUUUGCAGUUAAACUCCGUGGAUGGAGGGGUUUACAAAAAUACCUGGAAAUGGUGUAAGAUGUGGGCAGAUUGGAAAAACAAAACAAAAAAGAAAGCAAAUAUUCUGCUGCGGAAGAAACACUAUAACUAUAGCCAGCAGGUGGCUCCACUCAAUAAUCUAGAGUUAAGGCUACUGAAGAUGAUUGACUACCCUCUAGAUAAUAAGGCAGAUGUAACAGAUCUGGAAAUGGUCAACAAAGUAGAGAUGCCAGAACCUACUCCAGACGAAUUAACAGAUUUUUUGACAGAAGGCUAUGAAGCUCCUUUAAGUCCUGAUCGUAAUAUGUCCUCGGAUGAAGAAGACAAUACAGUUUUAGGCAACUUUGCUAGGAGCAAGAACAAAUUUUGUAAUGUUGAUAAUAGUAUACUAGAAGGAAAAAAAUACAAGAAAUUAAAAACAUCCUUAGAAGAAUUUAAACUAAAAUCAACACUAGCAUUAGAGAAAGAAAAAGUUCAACAGAAGAGUGAAGAAUUAAGACUGCGGGCAUUAGAGCUAAAACUUAAAGGAGAAGAGUUGAGGCUUCAAGAAAUUGAGAUGAACAAAAUAAAUUAUUUGACCAAUAUUGAAGAGGAGAAACUGAAAUGCUUUAAAGAUAUUUCUGCUUCAUUAAAAGAGUUGUUAGACCGAACAAGAAAUGGAAAUGUUAGGUUUCAUAAUGUCUUGUAGCAGCGUACAUUUCAUUCUAAUUGUAAUAAAAAUAUUUUAAAUGAACUAAAAUGCCGAAAUGUACUUACUUAGGCUUCAUAUGUGGACUACAACAACCGCCUAUCUUAGAAUUAA